AUGGUAACCCCUUUCGAUCUCGUGACAAAACGACCCAGAACAAUGCAUGCACGAAGAACCAAAGAGACUGCAAGAAGACCUAGGAAUCCCAACUCUUGUCAGAUUUCUCAAUCGUGUGUCCCUUCCUCUAGGGAAGAGCCAACCAAAGAAGGCUCAAGGUCUAAUCACAUCGCUAUUGUCAAAAUAGCUACCGAAAUCCUAAAUGAGGACAAUGUUUCAUCCAAGAUCCCUGGUCCUGAGAAUCCUGUGCUUCCUAAGUCAAAUGUCAUUGGGCAUGUUAGUGACACCGUUGGCAUCUAUGUCCCAACAAAUGAUGAAAUUAAUGAGAAUGUGCAUGUGAGUGACAGGAAAAGAAAUUAUGUUAGUAUUGAUCACAUUGAAAUUCCUGAUGGUGGUGAACACAAUGAAGAGAUCCCCAUCAACGUUUCUACUAACACGUGUGUAAAUCACUCUGAAAAGGGCCAAGCUAAAGAAAAAGAACCAGAGAAAACUCAGACUGACAAAGUAAUCAACCUUGAUGAUCUCUCUGAUGAUGACCUGGUUGCUUCCAUCAAUCCAAGCAUAGCUAGAAGGCUAAUGAGGAGGAAAGGAAAGCAAGUUGUAGCUGAGGCAUGGAGCAAAGUGGUUCCUAAUAAGAGAAAGGCCAGAAGCAGUUCUGAGAAUGAGUCAGAUUCUGAUGUUGCUGCGGAUGUCAAUGACAUUCAUCUUAAGAAGAAGGUUUCUACUAGCAAGCUGGCUGCUAGUGUUCCUGAAGUACCUAUUGAUAACAUUUCAUUCCACUAUCCCUCAAGUGUACUCAGAUGGAAAUUUGUCUAUCAGAAAAGACUGGCCUUAGAGAGAGAACUUGCUCAGAAUGCUCUUGAGUGUGAAGAGAUCGUGAAUCUUAUUCAUGAGGUUGGACUAAUGAAAACUGUAACUCAACUCUCUAAGUGUUAUGAAGUCCUGGUGAAGGAGUUCAUUGUGAAUCUACAUGAAGACUGUGGCAAUAAGGAAACUGAGGAGUAUUUAAAAGUGUUUGUCAGAGGAAAAUAUAUUAACUUCUCACCCACUGUGAUCAACAAAUUUCUGGAAAGGUCAAAUGAAGCUCAUCCAGAGUUGGAAGUGUCUGAUAAUCAAAUGUGCAAAGAGAUUACUGCUAGCCAAGUGAAGACAUGUCCUGUCAAAGGGAAGCUGACUGUGAGUAAACUAAGUGUGAAGUAUGUUGUACUUCACAGGAUUGGAGCUGCCAACUGGGUACCAACUCAACACAAGUCUACAAUCUCUGCUCUCCUAGGUAAAUUCAUCUUUGCCACUAGUACUAAGUCCAAAACUGAUUAUGGUACUUAUAUUUUUAAGCAAACCUUAAAGCAUGCUGGUAGCUAUAGUGUCAAAGUCCCCAUUUCCUUCCCUUCUCUUAUUUGUGGGAUCAUCUUAAAACAAUUUCCUAACAUUUUGACUGACAAAGAUUCUGUGUGCAAAAGAGCAAGUCCUUUAAUUUUUCAUCAUAAGCUCUUCCAAGGAACUCAUGUUCAUGAUGUUAACACAACUUCGGCUGGACCAUCAAAAGAGAGCACAAUUAUGAGUAAAACUGCCAUGAUUGCUAUGCUCCGAGAGACCUGUAAGGAGAUGGAGUCCGGAAAAUUGUCUCUUGAAAGAUUUAUCAGCUCUCUUGAAAUGAGUGAAAAUGCUAAAUCUGCAAAUAAUGCUGAGGAGGAGCAGGGUGAAGAUGACGAUGGUUUAGACAGUGAGAUUGAGAAAGAAGCCAGUCCUGAUGAUGGCACUGAUAAUAGUGUAGAACUCAGUAGCUCUGAGUCUGAAGACUAA